AUGAAUGCUAGUGUGUCCAUCUUCUUCAUUAAACGUGGAGAAGAACACUGGAGGUAUAAUUCCUUUGAUGGCACUUACUUACCUCCCAAUAAGAAACCCAUGGAAUUCGACACGGAUUUGAACAAUCCAGUUUAUUACAAUGGAGCAUUCUAUUGCUUAGAUCUAAAUGGAACUUUAGGAGUAUUUAAACAAGAGAAUGACAAUAUAAGUUGGGAAGUUUUAGCCAUUGUAACCCCGCAUAAUUGUGAGUUUAUCUAUAAGAGUUACUUGGUGGAGUGCGAAGGAAAACUUUUGUGUGUGUUAUUGGGCCAUUUGGGAAAAUGGGUUCGUGUUUUUAGAUUGAACUGCACUCAAACGGUUUGGGUUGAAGUUAAAGAUCUGGGGAGGCAUAUGUUGUGUGUUAGCAAUACAUCUUCUAUCUCAGCAGUUGCUCCGGUUAGUGAAAUGGAGAACAAAAUCUACUUUCCGAGGUUGCAUAAAGAUGGGAUUUUAUUCUAUUCCCUUGAUACAGGUAUGUAUCACUGUGUUGGUAACACUAGUCAUUCUGCUAAAGAUUAUCGCGAUACAAAGGCGAAGUUGCACUGCAGUUGGAUUGAACCCAACUGGUCAGAGACCUCAGAUCAGUUUCUCGACUGGCUUAGUAUUUAG